CGAGAGUAAUGAAAACAGCAUAAGACCAUGAGCAAAUUAGAAUCAUCGCCAACCACCCAAAUCUCCUCACAGCAGUCUAAACUAAAAGCAGAGGAGAACAAGAAGAAAAAGCCGCCACCGCAAUACAAUCCUCGUUGGAAGGGGUACUGUUUAAUAUUGAUUUCAUCGCUCAUUAAUUUGAGUUCUAUCAGCAACAUCGAUCAACAGAGUGACUUUUCCGGAGAAUGGGGAUUCUGUUUAUGCUUUGGAGUCUUUUCCUUCGUCUUCGCUCUCUUAAUCCUAAUACUGGAUCGGACACAAUGCGGAGUUGAAACCUUUAGCUUCACCAAAGCGAUGGAUGGGAAACUUGAAGGAUAUGUAUUGCUUUUUGUUAGCUUGUGGUGGCUCGUGGGAGUUGCGUACAUAACGCAAGUGAACGGCAUUGCAUACAAGGCAAACAACAUCUACUUUUCGUCAUGGUUAGUUCCGGCUUCUUGCGCCUAUACACUCAACAAGUGGUCAACGGAGAAGGACGUUCUGUCCUUUGCUGAGAUGACCGGGCUGAGUGCAACACUAAAAAGCUGGUACAUUUUGUUUCUAUCAUCGGUAGUUUCUUUGGGCUCGUCAAUUGACAUGCUGUUGCACCUUUACUCAAUAAAGCAGGACCAAGCCAUAGCUGGUGUCGUAAUUGGGAUUGUUUCGACAUGUCUAUCAAUUGGUUGGAUCUGUGUGCACUAUAAAUUUAUUGAGUUUUUCAAGCAGGGAGGCUGGCAGGAAUUGUCAUGUUGCGUGGUCUUGAUUGUCCUGUGGAUCAUUGGUGUUUCUAUAAUUACACAAGAAGGCGGAAUUGGGUCCACACUCGGGGGCUCUGGAUGUCGGAAUAUUGACAACCAGUUAUACGGGAUCCAAAUAACAGAAUUGGAGAACUGCACCAUUUCGUUGGUGGGCAGCGAUCAAGAGCGCCUCACGUACAAUUGCUACGACACCAUCAAUCGCUCCAUUCCCGGAUCAAAUUUAUAUUUUUCCGUUUGGUGCUGUCUCGGAGCCACGCUGAACAUUGCGUUGCGGUGGAAGGCUCAGCAAGCUCUGCAAUUCGCACAGGCACAGAAUGAACGGCUCAUGGACAAGGCCAAGAUUUCAUCCGGUGACGGCGAGGACGGUGCCAGCGACGGCGAAGACUUGGAAGAUUUCGAAGAUGCCGACGAUUACUGA